AAGUGGUCGAAAACACGGGACACGUCAACGACCUGUGAGCUUUAACUAACAAUUCAUGAACGCUGCUUCAAUGACUGAGACACCAUUGUGUCUUUGUGUUCCUAUAUAAACACGCCGCAUCUGUAAGUGAUCGUGUUACGUUACUUUUCUCACCAAGACCCUGAGUUGUGCUUGAAGCGCUGGAAACUGACCGGCUGAACUGAACUGGUGGCACGUCUGCGGUGUUCUGUGGUGUGGUCCACAUGGAGGCAGCUGCGGGGCUUUGGGCCACUGAGCGAUAUGGCAGUGAAGCGUCGUGGCAGUAUGUGGUGAAAGAUGGACAGACUGAGAGGAGGAGGGAAGGACGCGAGGCCGAGCACCGAGGAAACGCCUUACUGGCAGUCUUUAAGAGCGUGUUUUUGCCUCAGGGAUACCCUGAGAGCGUCAGUGGAGAUUACCUGCAGUACCAGUUCUGGGACACGCUCCAGGCCUUCUGCAGCUCUCUCUCCGGGACUCUGGCCACUCAGGCGGCGCUGAGGGGAGUCGGGGUUGGAAACCAGGAGGCGACGGUUGCCGCGGCGACUGUGACCUGGUUGUUAAGAGAUGGAACCAGCAUGGUGGGCCGGAUCCUCUUCGCCUGGAUGAAAGGGAGUAAGCUGGACUCUGAGGCAAAGAAAUGGAGGCUCUUCGCAGACGUCCUCAAUGAUGUGGCUAUGUUCAUGGAGAUCCUGGCCCCCUACUGUCCUGCCUGCUUCACCUUCAUCAUGUGCACCUCAGGCAUCUUCAAGUCGGUGGUUGGCGUCGCAGGUGGCGCCACCAGGGCGGCUCUCACCGUCCACCAGGCUCGCCGGGACAACAUGGCUGACAUAUCUGCAAAAGACGGCAGUCAGGAGACGCUGGUGAACCUGGCUGGCCUGCUGGUCAGUCUGCUCCUCAUCCCACUGGUCACGGACAACCCGGCAUUGACGCUCAGCCUUUUCUUCUUCUUCACCGUCCUCCACCUCGUCGCCAACUACAACGCGGUGCGCUCGGUCGUCAUGGAAACGCUCAACGAGGCGCGCCUGUCCAUCGUCCUGCAGCGCUACCUGGACGACAAACAGCUUCUCAGCCCUGCUGAAGCCAAUCGGCAGGAGCCGGUUUUCUUUGAAUUCAGGAAAAAAUCGCCCAUCAGACUUGGUGUGCAGCUGCAGGACGUCGUUCAGAGUCCGGAGAUGCUGCGCCUGGCUGUGUGGAAGGAUGACAGCCCUUUCCUCUUGGGAGUGAGACACGGCUACAUCUCUGUGUGUCUGGGACCACAGGCGUCAGUGCAGGAGCAAAUCCGAGCCAUGUGUCAGGCACUGUGGAUCAGAGCCACACUGACAGAGUCAUCAACAGGUCCACGCUGGGAUGUGGUGCAGCAGAGUCACGCGAUGAUGGACAGCAUUUUUCCCCACUUUCUCAAAGGUCUGGAGGCGGCAGGGUGGGACACCCAGCGGACCCUGCUGGACUGGGACGAGUGGAGGGUGGAGUGGAAGAUAAAAAGAAGCUGACUCCUUUUAAUUCUGCUGAAAUGUCCAUCUGAACGAGACCUGUGUAAACGUCCAUCCUGAUU